AUGUGGAAGGACGCCAGCAACGACGACUCCAGGACCGGCACCCCCGGAGGAUCUUCCUCUCGCAGCACCAGCCGCAGGAAGAGAACCAGCUUCUCCAAAGAACACGUGGAGUUGCUGCGCGCCACCUUCGAGACCGACCCUUACCCCGGCAUCAGCCUCAGGGAGAGCCUGUCCCAGACCACCGGACUCCCCGAGUCUCGCAUCCAGGUUUGGUUCCAGAACAGAAGAGCCCGUACCCUCAAGUGCAAAGGAGCCAAGAAAGGUCUUUGGCAGCUGGAGGGUCAAGUCCCAGAGAGUCACUCCAGGAUGAGGGGGUCCCCACCUGGAGCCCUACUGCCACAGAGGCCCCCACCUGCUUACCCAGUCCAGGUGAAGGAGGAGGUGGACGACACUUGCCUGUUCGGAUCUUGUCCCUCGACCAUGGAAGAGCAAGGAUACUACCAGUCCAUGUUUGGUCGUCAGCAGAGGGUGGGAGGAAGCCCAUCUCAGAGGGGGUACUGGGCACAAACCGGAAACCAGACCCCGCCCAUGAUGCCACGCUGGUGCCAGCCGCCCAUGGAGAUGAGGAAGUCCAACCAGCCCUUCCUGUUGCCCAGAUCAGCGGAGCAGCAGAUGUACAUGUUCAGAUCCACCUCGCACUCGUCCACGCCUGACACCCCAGACUCUGGAUUCUGGGACGUCAGUCUGGAGAACAGCCCCCCCAUGGAGGGUCACUACUCACAGAUGGACGAUUCCUGGAGCGGGAUGUCGCUCGACAGCAGCAAAGAUAGCGCCCUCCUGCCGGUGGCCCCUCUGCCCGAGCUGUCCCUGCAGGAGAUCCUGGGCGAGCUGGACGAGGACUGGCUGGGAGGAGAAGGACUGGACACCAACGCCGGACAGGAAAAGAUCGUCCUUACCUGA